UCUCUCUCUCUCUCUCUCUCUCUCUCCCGCUAGCUAUGUCUGUCUGUCUCUCAGCUGCCGUAAGCAUGUUCAAAGUUCUGUUGGCUAUAGAAAUUUUUGUCUUCUCAAGUAUAUUAUUAGUAGAUGCUUCUCCUUCGCAAUCCCAUUUCUCCAAAUUCACUAGAUCAUCCGGAGGACUAUCCCACAAAGACGCCACUUCAUCUGUCUGCAAACACACCCCUCACCCAGCAAUCUGUGAAUCCUCUCUCCUCUCCUCAUCAUCUAAGAGAGGCACUGACGAUCCCCCUGAAGCCCUAGUAGGUGUCUUUUUCCAGUCGGUCCAUUCCACUGUCGCGAAAGCUCAAUACGCUCGAGCUCUCGCCUAUAAUCUCACCGUUUCCCACCGCCAGAAUGCCGAUAAUUUUCUUCACUCCCCCACUGGCGGCAUGCAUGACUGCCUUGAGCUUCUUGACGAUGCUAUAGAUAUGCUGGACAAUGUCAUGACGACAUCGUUGUCGAAACUCAGCGAUGACGAUGUUCACACCUGGCUCAGUGCAGCUCUUACGAACCAAGAAACUUGCCUAGAGAGCCUUGAGAAAGACAAAUUCAAGACAGACAAAAACAUUAUGGAUGCCACGGCUCAAAACCUGAGCCAAUACAUAAGCAACUCUCUAGCACUUUUCGUGCUUACCACGGGUGCCAAUAGUAACAGUGGCUCAUUCGCUACUGGUUCGGAGCAUUUACCACGACACGAAGAGUCAAAGUCAAAUGAGGCUAAAAGUGCAAACCCUAAUAGAAAACUAUUGGCAUCGGACAGUAGCUUUCCGACAUGGGUCCCAGCAACGGAGAGGAAGCUUCUAGAAGCUUCCGUUGGGGAGAUAGAAGCAGAUGCUGUGGUGGCUCAGGAUGGGAGUGGGACGCACAAGAGCAUUGGUGAGGCACUGAAGGCGUUGCAGCUAAUUGGAACCUUGGAAAGCAGUGGUACUGGGGGUAGAUCUGUGAUUCACGUAUCAGCUGGGACUUACCAUGAGUACAUAAACAUACCUACCAAGCAAAAGAACGUCAUGUUGAUUGGUGAUGGAGUAGGGAAAACGAUCAUUGUGGGCAAUAGGAACUCUGAUGAUGGCUGGACAACUUAUAAGACUGCCACAGUGGCUGCUAUGGGUGACGGGUUUAUCGCUCGUGAUAUAACAUUUGUGAACAAUGCUGGCCCUUCCAAGCACCAAGCCGUUGCACUUCGAGUCGGUGCCGACAAAUCAGUCGUUCACCGAUGUUCCAUCAUGGGCUACCAGGACACCCUCUACACUCACUCCAAGCGACAGUUCUACCGAGAAACCGAUAUUUAUGGAACUGUCGAUUUCAUUUUCGGCAACUCGGCCGUUGUCUUCCAAAGUUGCAACAUCUACCCACGGAAACCAACCUCCAGCGGGCUCAAGAACUUUGUGACUGCUCAAGGUCGCAGUAGCCCUGAUCAGAACACGGGCAUUUCAAUCCACAACUGUAAGAUAUCAGCGGCAUCGGACCUCGCUCCGGUGAGAUCCAGCUACCAGACGUAUCUUGGGAGACCAUGGAAGCAGUAUUCGAGGACGAUCGUCAUGCAGUCUAUCUUGGAUGACUCAAUACAUCGAUCAGGGUGGUCUCCUUGGUCUGGUGGGUUUGCACUGAACACAUUGUACUACGGAGAGUACAUGAAUUCUGGGUCAGGAGCAUCAACUUCAGGAAGGGUUCAAUGGGGUGGAUAUCAUUCAUCACUUACUUCCACUCAAGCACAAGCAUUCACAGUUGCGGGUUUCAUAUCUGGGAAUCUUUGGUUGCCUUCCACUGGGGUAUCCUUUAGUUCUGGACUUAUUGGAUAAGUUUGUGUAUCUAUAUGCAGCUAUGCUCUGCUUGUAUCGUAAGGUUCGUAUUUAAUUAGCUAGCUUGGGAUACAAAAAGGGGUAACCUAGCUAGCUAGCUUGGCAUGUUGGUUCUUAAUUAGUGGUUUGGGCAGCGUCUCUGGCAGUCUGGCCUUGUAAAUAAAAAACAGAAGAAGAGGGCAACAGCUCUAUUCAUGUUCAUAUAUGGAUUUAAUAAUGUGUGGUACGUAUACAUUUAUGUUG